UGCUGAACAUCGCGACGCGUUCUGUUAUCAUAUCGUAAUAUCUCGGGAAAAGCGAAUAAAAACAUUGACAAACAAACGAAAGUACAAUAAAAUAAUGUUUAGAUUGCCAAAAAUGUGGUUGACCGACUGCUCUUCGAUGACCCGCUAUAAGCAAACCGAAUUUACGGAAGACGAUUCAAGUUCAAUCGGCGGUAUUCAGUUGAACGAGGCGACCGGACAUACUGGCCUUCAAAUACGCUACCACACAGCACGGGCCACUUGGAAUUGGCGAUCGAGAAACAAAACGGAGAAAUGGCUGCUCAUCACCACUUUUGUAAUGGCCAUCAUUAUCUUCACGCUUUUGAUCGUCCUUUUUACAGACGGGGGCAGCAGCGAUGCCACCAAGCAUGUCCUGCAUGUCCAGCCGCACCAAAAGGAGUGUCCUUCGGGAAACGAGCUUCCCUGUUUGAACAAGCACUGCAUUUUCGCCUCGAGCGAAAUCCUCAAAUCCAUCGACGUUACAGUGGAUCCCUGCGAUGAUUUCUACGGAUAUUCUUGUAAUCAGUGGAUAAAGAACAACCCCAUUCCCGAGGGCAAGUCGACGUGGGGCACUUUUGGGAAGCUGGAGCAGAUGAACCAAUUGGUCAUUCGCAAUGUUUUGGAGAAGCCAGCGAAGAGUUUCAAGUCGGAUGCCGAGCGGAAGGCGAAGAUCUAUUACGAAUCCUGUCUGGAUGCGGACGAGCACAUGGAGAAGCUGGGGGCCAAGCCCAUGAACGAUCUGCUGCUCCAAAUCGGAGGAUGGAAUGUCACCAAAAGUGGCUACAACGUCACCAACUGGACAAUGGGCCAUACUCUCAAAAUACUGCACAAUAAAUACAACUUCAACUGCCUGUUUGGCUGGGCGAUCGGGGAGGACGACAAGAACUCCUCGCGCCAUGUCAUCCAGAUCGACCAGGGUGGCUUGACCUUGCCCACCGCCGAUUACUACAACAACAAGACGGACAACCACCGCAAAGUACUCAAUGAGUACAUCGAGUACAUGACCAAGGUGUGCGUUCUCCUCGGCGCCAACGAAUCGGAUGCCCGAGCCCAAAUGAUCGGCGUGAUCAACUUCGAGAAGAAGCUGGCGAACAUCACCAUUCCUCUGGAGGAUCGUCGCAAUGAGGAGGCCAUGUACCAUCCCAUGCAGCUCCGCCAACUGGCCAAGUUGGCGCCCUUCCUCAAUUGGACGGACCACUUCGACAACGCCAUGCAGAUGGUCAACCGAAGGGUCACCGACGACGAGGUGGUGGUGGUCUAUGCCCCAGACUUCCUGAAGAACCUCUCUGACAUCAUACUCAAAAUGGAGAAGACCGAGGAGGGCAAAAUCAUCCUAAACAACUAUCUGGUGUGGCAGGCGGUUCGCACUCUGACCAGCUGUCUGUCCAAGCCAUUCCGAGAUGCCUACAAGGGAGUGAGGAAAGCCUUAAUGGGAUCCGACGGCGGCGAGGAGAUUUGGCGGUACUGCGUUUCGGAUACCAACAACGUGGUCGGAUUCGCAGUGGGUGCGAUUUUCGUGCGACAGGCUUUUCAUGGGGAAUCUAAGCCUGCGGCCGAGCAGAUGAUCAGUGAGAUUCGCGAGGCCUUCAAGUUGAAUCUCCAGAAUCUCACCUGGGUGGACAAGCAGACGCGGGAGAAGGCCAUCGAAAAAGCCAACGAAAUCUCGGAUAUGAUUGGUUUCCCCGAUUACAUUCUCGAUCCCGUGGAGUUGGAUAAGAAGUACGCCGAACUGAACAUUACAGCAAAUGCAUAUUUCGAGAACAACAUUCAGGUGGCCAUCUACAAUUUGAAGAGCAAUCUAAAGCGCCUCGAUCAGCCGGUUAAUAAGACCAACUGGGGCAUGACCCCGCAAACAGUGAAUGCCUACUAUACGCCCACCAAAAACCAGAUCGUAUUCCCCGCCGGGAUCCUGCAGACGCCCUUCUUCGAUAUCAACAACCCGAAGAGCUUGAACUUCGGGGCCAUGGGCGUGGUCAUGGGUCACGAGCUGACCCACGCCUUCGACGAUCAGGGAAGGGAGUACGACAAGUUCGGCAACAUCAAUCGCUGGUGGGACUCAAAGAGCAUCGAGCGGUUCAACGAGAAGUCCGAGUGCAUCGCCCGCCAGUACAGUGGCUACAAAAUGAACGGACGCACGCUCAACGGCAAGCAGACGCUGGGUGAAAAUAUAGCCGACAACGGGGGCUUGAAGGCGGCCUACCACGCCUACCAGCGGACCAAAAGCACCAGGGAUGUGGAUGUCCUCAAGCUGCCGGGUCUGAAUCUCACCCACUCGCAGCUCUUCUUCGUGUCCUUUGCACAGGUGUGGUGUUCCAGCACCACGGACGAGACGAACCUGCUGCAAAUGGAGAAGGAUCCACAUUCGCCAUCGCAAUUCCGGGUGAUCGGCACAUUGUCGAACAUGAAGGAAUUCGCCGAGGUUUUCAAUGCAAGCCCGGCAAGCGAAUGAACCCCACCGAAAAGUGCGAGGUUUGGUAAACGCGAUCUCAAGAAAAAGAAGCCAAAGAUAUAGCCAAAGUCGAGCAACUAUAACUAUGGAAGUAGCCCGUGAAUCCGGGGAAUUGUAUUAUUUUCUAUGUUUUUUUGUUCUCCAUUCCACUUGUGUUUGCCAUUUGAAUUUUAUGUCGAAAGACCGUCAGUCAUUGUGCCUAUGAAAAUGAUAGAAGCUGACGAUAAAAUAAUGUUCGUGCUCCAAAAAAACGGGGGUCUGGAGAUCCUGGAUCCUGGAUCCUGGAGCAGGAUCAUCGGGGACCUUUAACUACAUUUGAAUGUGAACGCACGAGCUACCAACUAAAUGAAUGGGUUUUCGUGUGAUCUGGAUUCCAAUAGCAAGUGGAUCACACACCCAAACAAUGGGGGCUGAUAUAUAUAUAAAUAUAUAUAAAUAUAUAUAUAUAUAUAUAGAUAUGAUAACGAUAACGAUAACGAUAAACGAUAAUUGUAACUUAGCUAUUUGUAGAACUAUCAAUGUAUAUUGUAUUAUAAUGAUACAAAGUUCACAGCUCGUGGCCCAAAGAGAAACUAAUUUAAAGGGUUUUUUUUCUGUGCCCGCUUUAUAUUUUUGUGUAUGGUACAUGUUAAACCAAAAUCUCAAACUUUACUUUCCAAAGUUCCUGGUUGAAGGAUAGGAAUUACAUACUUGAAUUGUGUGGAAGGGAGAUAGCUAGUGCGUGAGUGAAAGUGAGGGAGAUAGAGUUACAGAGUGAGAGGCAAAGAGCAGAGGAAACUACCGAGUGAUUAGGUUUAACACUUAUUAAAAAAAGAAACACAUUCGCUGCAACUUGAUAUGUAUUAUUUAUCCUAAGUUUUAUUGCUGAUUUAUUUACGACAAGAAAAAAAAAAGAGAAAUAAUUGGAGGCUGGAGUGUGAAAGAAGUGAUUCUUAUAAACACCAUUAACUACUAUUUGCUCAGAUCUUGAGAUUAUAUAGCCAAUCAAAUCGGACGCGUUUUCUUUUCCACGAAAGAAAAACAUAUCAGUCUAAGAUGAUGUUAACAAGAGCCAACACCAAAGAAGUAAAUCUACGGAAUUUAACUAGGCACAAAUCGAAAUCAAUCCAAAGCUUAGCUGUAAGAUACAAAAAAUUAAAAGCAAACACAAGCACAAAUCUCCAAACUAAGUAGACAAUACGGCCAAACAAUCGAAUCUUAACUCAGUUAUAUGUUUUCCAAUUCAUCUGGUAUUUUUACAUACGAACAAUGCAUUUAAAUUAUUUUGAUUCUUAUUUUAUUGGAUCACUUAAUUCUGAAUGUAGGCGAUAUUUUAGUGGGGCGCGGUCACAGAACAAAAAUUUGGGGGUUUUUUAAAAAGUCAUUUUGUUGUUGUAUUAUACAUGCAUUUAUUAUUUUUCCCACUCAUUUCAUGGGAAGGGGGGGAAAUUGUAUGGGGAUGUACUAUUUUAAACCCCCCCUCCGGGUGGAAAUAUCAAGCAGAUGAUUUUUGUAUUCUAUAUAUGUAUUAUACGAUAGACGAAGAAUUGAUAACUAUAAUACAAGUAUGAAAAAUAUUAUUAUUAUACAAACUACAUAUACAUUAACUGAAUGUUUAAAUGCAAAUUAUUUUUAUUGUCUAUUAAUAAAGUGUAUAUGUGCAUGUAUACAUUUGCAAAAAAGGAAAAAUAAAUACCGCUAUAGUCGAACGUCCCGACUAUGGGAUAUCCACUACUCUGA